GAUGACAAGCCACAGAAACCGACGACACCCAAACCUCGACCACGCUCUGCAGUAUGCCUUCUACACGCGCCUCGGUCUCGUACAAGAAGAAAGAUGGCCAUCUCACUUUAUCAGACGACCAGAAGUACCUCUUCUGGACUCCAUCAACGCCCGCAAAUGCUUCACCCGCCGUGACAAUACCCAUAGCGGAGAUCACGAAUCUCCAACAAACACCUGCUAACAGCGAGAAAGUCGCGCUUAGAGUCAUUGUUAAGGACGAGAACUAUGUCUUCAGCUUCACGAGUCCUGCGGAGGCGAGGAAGGAGCAGGAGGCAGUGACCGAAGCGUUGAGAGGGGUCAUUGCAGCUGGCAAGGCGAGUGCGGCGCAGCAAUUGAAGGCCACGUCGAACGGCGCAGAUGGAGGAGAGAGUGCAGGGCAGAGUGCCGCGAUGGCUAUCGCGAAAGCGUUGUCAUCGCGAAGUACGGAUGAGGCGUGGUACGAUGACAACAAGCUGAGAAACGACUUCCAGCUGCAGAGGAGCUUACUGCAGGCCAACAAACCGCUGUACGAUCGCUUCAACCAGGCCUUGAAAGACAAGCCCGAGUCGGUAUCUGUCGCGCAGUUUACGACGCAAUUCUGGUCUACGCGCUUGCAUCUACUGCGAGCGCAUGCAAUUGAAAAGGCGCAGAAGGAAGGAGAGUACAACGUCCUGCCCGAAAUCAAGUACAAUACUGUCAUCGGUCCCGACGGCGAGCCGAUCAAGACACUCAACAUGACUAAAGAGCAGGUGGCGUUGAUCUUCAAGCAAUAUCCUGUCGUGAGGAAAGCGUUCAAUGAGACCGUGCCCAAGCCCUUCGCCGACGCAAGGAGAUUCUGGAGUGCCUUCUUUGCUAGUCGGUUGCUGAAAAAGCUGAAGGGUUUGAGGAUCGAGAAGAAUGAUCCGCAAGAUCCUGUGUUGGAUCGGUAUCUCGAGCACGAGGAGGAUACGGGUCCCGCGAGCAUUGCUGGUCACGUGCCUCACAUUAUCGACCUGGAAGGCAACGAGCAGAACACACACUUUCAUUUGGAGGGCGACUAUGAGAUGAGGGCUGCCAAGCAUGAUCGACCUAUCUUGCAUAUCCUUAACUCCAUGAGCGAGAAGUUGCUGAGUCAUGUUGCGCCGGCAGAUGGGGAAGCGCAUGCGCCCAUUGGUAUGGAUGAGGGCACGUUCGAGCAGCUGCGGCUGAGAGAUCUGGCAGUGCAGGAUAGUGACAAUCGGGUUGUGUUGAAUGUGAGGGAGCAGGCGAGGUAUACCGGAAAGCAGGAUGAGGACGAGUGGAGUGCCGAUGCCAAGCUGUAUGCGCAGCAGGAUCCGGAGGUCGUGAUUGAAGAUAUCCGAGCACAACUGCAGCCUGCCAACGAUAACGGAGUCCUGCGGCUUGACGAAGCUAUCGGUUUUCAAUCCGACGAAGAUGACGACGAAGAAGAAAUGGAAGACGGCGCGACUACCGCCAACGGCGCUAAGCCAGCCCAAGUCGCCUCCCACAAGUCCCUCGACACCGCCUCCCGCUCCAUAUUAUCAUCAAUCUCGCAAAGGCGCUCGCAGACCUCCAACCCCACUUCGCCCGAGUCUCUCCUUUCCGGCUUAUCGCAGCCCCUAUUCGACACCCUCACCAUAACCCACAACACCACCACCGAGUUCCUGCACUACUUCUGGACCCUCUUCCUUUCCGGCGACAGCAGCCGGACGGCCGAACUACAGCAACUCGUCGCCACGCUGGAUCGAAGUCUCGAUCGCAUUAAUGCGGUCGCGGAGCAGGCGGAGGAGGAGCGGAAGGCGAGGGUGGAGAAAAUGAGGGAGUAUCAGAAGAAAACGGGAAAGAGGUUCAGGUUUGAUGAGGCGGGUUUGGGUGGCGGGAAGAAGGUGGUGGAGGAGAUGGUGCGGCCAACUGUAGAGGCUUUGAAGCGGGCGGGGGCGGUGUAUAGGACGGCGUUUGAGGAACAGAGUAGGGAGGCUGGAGCCGGGUAAGACCUGCCUCGGCGGUUGUAUGCAGUAGAACAUCAGUUUUCUCCGUAUCAAGGAUCCCAUCAUGAAUGCAGGACCAAGACGGGGGGAAAGCCUUUCCGCCAUGACGAAAAUCUUGGUGCCAUUCACGCACGUCGUCCAUAAGCUUGCGCCAGUCGUAUAC